CUCUCGCUCAUAUCUACAAUGCAAUUCUCCACCGUCGCUUUAUUCGCUGUUGUCGCCGCUGCUGUCCAAGCCGAUGUCGUCACCAAGACCGAACAAUCUUCCACCUUGGUCACCAUCACUUCUUGUGCUGAAGACGUCACUGACUGCCCAGCCAGACACGCCACUGCUGCUCCAGCUCCAGCUCCAUCUAAGGAAGCCCCAGCUCCAGCCCCAGCUCCAUACAACAACAACACCGUCACCUCCUCCGCUGCCCACACCUUGGCCCCAGCUAACGUUACCUCUUGGGAAAACGCUGGUGCUAAGAACUACGCCGUCGGUUUCGCUGCUUUGGCUGCCGGUGCUUUGUUGGCUUUGUAAGCGUGCUAACGCUUAUCCCAGAACUUCUUAGCUGAAGCUUCUGGGUGCUAAUACCCGUUGAAACUUCUUUACUAUGGGCGUUUGCCAAAGUCCAGUUAAUCCGUGAUACACCUGCAGUACCAUCACGCGAGGACCUGGUCUACGGUGGUGCUUUGGUACCCGUUUUUAUUUCUAAUUCAUUUCUGUUUUCAGUUACUGACUCCAUGGGUCUCCCUUGGGAGCGGCGGCGUUCUCGAGAGCCGUUGUUUCUGUCUUGAAAUUCUUAUUUUUUUAGUUGACUACAAAGUAAAAUAGGUUUAUUUUAUUAUAACUUAGAAAUACAAGAAUUUCAUAGUAACUGGUCCACUCGUAGCUAGC